ACCAUUAAUUAAAACUAAUUAGAAGAUACACGAUGCAAAAGAAUUGUGAGUUGAGAGUGAGCGUAAAUUGGAUGAAAGUGACGAUUUUCUUGGUAAUCUUGGUGUCUCACGUGGCCGAGUCUCAAGUUCCCGAGAUCCAUCAGUCCGCUGCACUCGCACAAUACACGGGAAUCUACACGGCGUACGGAACUUUCAUAGCGAUUCGAGAACUGUACUUUUUGGUGGGGCUGGUGACCGUGCUGAUUGCGGGAAACGUGCUCCUGACCUUCUUCCAACUUCCGUCCCUCUUCCUCCCCGUCCACCACAACCAACGACGAAGCAGCCACCCCCACCACGUCGACAUUGUCGAUUUGAUUGAAAAUUUUGCCCAGAAAUGGACCACUUUUCCGCCCGAGACCUCGCGUUCAUUACGGGCCCCCAACCCGAAUUUGACGAUAAUCACAUCGGACUCGCGCAAUUCACGCAGAACUCGGUCGUCCCCAUGUUGCGAUUUUAUUCCGCCGUCUACCGAACCUUCAUGAUCAUGGCCAUCGCUCUCAUCCUCAUUUGUAGGCCGUUAAUUAAACUAAUCCGAAUUCAUGGGUGGGACUCACCCGCGUACUUUCAAAAAAAGGCCGGCCCCCUUAAUUGGCAGUAUAGGGGGUUAUCAAAUAACAGGAUUUUAGACGCGAUUCAUGCCACAUAUUAGAAUUCCUCAUUU